UUUAGUUAAAGCAAAAAUAAACAAAACGAAUUUUUAUUAAUUUCGUAAAAUAAAUAUUCAAUUAUUUCUGCAAAAAAGUAAAGUGAAAAUGGAUAUCCAAAAGGAAACCAGUCACAGAAAACGGGCCAAACAUUUCUUAGAAGAAGAGGAAAUGUUGCUUGUUAACUUGGUAGAAGACCAUAAGCACAUUAUCGAGAAUAAAAAGUCCGACUCCGUCGCUUGGAAGCAAAAAGAAGCAGUCUGGAAGAAAAUUGAAGAUGAUUUCGCAGCCAGUAUGGGAUUACGACGACCUUGGAAAGCACUGCGUGAUAAAUACGAGGUUAUAAAACGUAAGUCGAAGAUUGAACUUGCAGAACAGAAGUUGCAAACAUAUCGUACGGGUGGUGGAAUGGUGACUUGUAAAGUAUCUACUGUUUCGGAAGAAAUUGCUUCCAUGCUAGGAGAUUCCGCAACAGGCUUGGAAAAUACGUAUGAUAGUGAUUUCGUGGUUGAACCUGAUUACAUUGACUACAGUGAGUUAAAUGCAUCUAAUGAAUUUAUUGAGGAAAGCAAUAAAGAAAAUAACAACUCCCUGAAUAUUUCAACAGAAAGAAAGGAAUGGUCAACAGACAGCCCACAGACUUUAAAAAAACCUAAAUCAAAAGAACUGGUUAGCGGCGGCAAAAGAAAACGCAACCUAGAGGAAGAAAAACUUGAACUUGUUCUUUUACGUGCCCAGGAGAAGCAUGAAAACGAAGAAAUGCGUGCUUAAGAAAAGCAUGAACACGAAAUAUUUUCAUUGAGACUGAAGAAUGAAAUUUUGCACUUAGAGUUGGAGGAAAAGAGGUUAAAAUUUAAUGUAAUAGAGUAAUUCAAAUGUAUUUUUAAUUGCAAAUGUAUUUUGUAAUUAUAAGCAAUAUUAUUAGCUAGUCAGCAUUUAAAAGACUGAAAAUAGAUUAGAAAAUUUUAAAUAAAAACUGAAUUACAAUUUAAUUUAUCCAACAAAAUCUUUUAAAACGGUUUAACGUUGAAUGUUUGAAUUUGCUGUGUGCCCAGCAACGAUAGCACCAGCUGCGAACGUUGUAAUAUCACAUCAAUUGGUCUAUGUUUCACAGCACCGCAAAUUCAAACGCUGGGUUAACAAUGUACGUAGUGGGUGCUA